GUCGGAUGUGCGAGCACCGGCUGUCCCGCGGGGCUCGGGGCGGCGCCAGCCUCCCAGGAAAAAGAGCUGCGCCUUUAAUUCUCAUUGGCGUGUAAGAGUUGCUGGGGGUGGAGUCACAGCUGGCACAGGCUGCAUAAAAGCUGCAGGAUUUCCAGCUGCCUCAGCCUGCAAGCAGCAUGAACUGCAGCCUGCCACAGCGAGUGCUGCUCAGCUCUCCGAUGGAGGGACAGCAGGGCAGGUUGUGCCUGCAGCCGCUCUGGGACUUCGUCACCGCAAGGGAGCCGUUGAUCAAGUCACCGUUUUUCCCAGUGCUGUUUUCUUUCACAGCAUACAUGGCUUUCUGUCUUCCCUAUGUUGCACUGGACUUUUUAAGCAUCAGACUGCCAGACUUGAGAAAAUACAAAAUCCAGCCACAGACCUAUCCAAGUCUUGGAAUGAUGGUGCCUUGCAUUAUUCAAAGUGUGUAUCACCAUGUUGUUUUGAUCUUCCCGGUGACAUUUCUGCACUGGUACUGGAGACCCAUGGAUCUACCAGUGAUAGCUCCAGAGCUGCCUGAAGUCCUGCUGCAAGUAGCAGUUUGUCUGCUGCUAUUUGAUUUCGAGUACUUCCUGUGGCAUUUGCUUCAUCACAAGGUGCCUUGGCUCUACAAGACCUUCCACAAGGUGCAUCACAAGCACGUCUCGACGUUCGCCCUUACCACUCAGUAUUCCAGCGUGUGGGAGUUGCUCUCACUGGGAUUUUUUGCUGCUGUAAACCCACUGCUCCUGGGAUGCCAUCCUUUGACAGAGAUGCUGUUCUUCCUUGUAAACAUUGGUUUGUCAGUGGAGGACCAUUCUGGAUAUGACCUCCCAUGGUCAACUCACCGACUUGUGCCUUUUGGACUGUAUGGAGGAGCCCCACAUCAUGAUCUCCACCAUCUGAAAUUCAAAUCAAACUAUGCUCCUUACUUCACACACUGGGACAAACUCUUUGGGACAUUCACAGAGUCACAUUCUAAUUAAGAUUAUUUACCUGUGGAUGAACUCUUUUUUUUUUUUAAUAGACUAAAAUGGGACAUUAUUUUUUUAAAG